AUGGCGCGGAGGACGUCGACGCUGCCCCUUCUGGCGACUUUGCUCUCCGUCCUGCUGCUCCUGCCCUCCGCCGCCGUAGCCAAGGCCAUCGACGCCACCAACACCCAGCGACUGGAGCUGCCCGACGGGCUGAUCGGCCCCGAGAGCGUCGCGUUCGACCGUCGCGGCGACGGGCCCUACGUCAGCGUCUCCGACGGCCGCAUCCUCAAGUACGCAGGCAAGAGCGUUGGGUUUGCCACUUUCGCGUACAGCCCUAGCUACAUCAAGAACGGCUGCGAUGCACCCUCGUCUGAGCUCCCGGCGGUUGCCACAGAGAGCUCCUGCGGCCGGCCGCUGGGCCUUCGUUUCCACAACAACUCCGGCAACCUGUACAUCGCGGACGCAUACAUGGGGCUGAUGCGCGUCGGGCCGAACGGUGGGGAAGCGACGGUGGAUGCAACUGAGGCCGGCGGUGCACCGCUACGCUUCACGAAUGGAGUGGAUGUUGACCAGGUCACCGGUGACGUCUACUUCACCGACAGUAGCACAACGUACACGCGGGCACAGCAUCAGAUGGUCACCGCAUCGGGAGACUCGACGGGGCGCAUCAUGAGAUACAACAGACGUACAAAUAAGGUCACCGUGCUCCAAUCCGGCGUGACAUAUCCCAAUGGCAUUGCCAUCAGCGCUGACAGGAGCCAUCUUAUCGUCGCUCUCACGGGACCAUGCAAGCUAAUGAGGUACUGGAUCCGAGGGCCUAAGGCCGGUACAUCUGAGCUAUUUACCGACCUACCGGGAUACCCGGACAAUGUGAGGCCCGACGGGAAGGGUGGGUACUGGGUUGCGCUGCAUAGGGAGAAGUAUGAGCUCCCGUUUGGAAAGGACAGCCACUUGGUCGCUAUUAGGAUCGGCUCUGAAGGUGAGAAGUUGCAAGAAAUGAGGGGUCCCAAGGAUGUCCGUCCAACAGAGGUGGUCGAACGAGAGGACGGCAAAAUAUAUCUUGGGUCUGUAGAGUUGUCUUAUGUAAGCAUGGUCAAGAGUAGCUAG